CGGCGGGCGGAAGCGGCCGGAGGGUGCAGCUGCGGCGACCCCGGUCCGGGGGCCUCGUCAUCCGCACAGGCCGGAGAGCUGCCCUGGAUUCAUUCCUGAUGGAACUAGAGCAAAACAUCCCAUCUUGACUGAAAAAUGGCCAGUGAUGGAGAAUCCACCAUGGCCAUGGGUAUCUCUUAAGAGCAUCAGGGAAAGGCUUGAUUGAAAACUCCAUUUUCCAGUGAGAUUCCUGUGUGCCUUUGACAGCACUCCAGCUUUCACUGUCUUUCCUUUACACUUUAUUUCCCCUGCUGUUGGAGUGGAUCUUUCACACGGCACCAGGGAACAGAGGCAGAGGUGGCACCAUGCAGCAGGAGGGGGAGAAGAGCCGGGCCCGGCCCAGGAAGCCCGACAUGGCCCUCUACGUGCCCAAAGCACGACGGGAGAUGGCAGCCCCAGGAGUGGGCGCGACCAGCGCUGCAUGGGGGAUGGGGAGCCAGAGGGAGGAGGAAAACCACCAUGUGCUGCAGAAGGAAGGCACCAAAGGCCACGGUGAGAGGCAGAGCCUCAGUGUUGGAGCCCGCAAGCACGUGGCCAGAGAGGGGAGGAGGUCAGAGGGGAAAACAAGGAAGCGCGUACCCCUGGGGGACAGCAAACAGGGCAGCGCUGCAGGGCGGCCCGAAGGAGCCACUGCCGAGGGCUGGGAUCAGCGUCGCACACUCCACCAAAACCAUCUGGCCCCAGAGGAUCAGCCGUGUAGGCAGCUGGAAACAAACCUCCACAGUGAACAGCUCAGCCCUCAGGAGCCCUGUCUGGGUCAGGCUCCUGCUCGUAGUGAGGAGCAGGUGCCCAGCAAGCCAGGGCUCAGGGAGCUAAGCUGCAGGGACUGGGAUUCAAGGACAGGUACUGGAACUUGUUCCCUUCUGUCAGUGGAAACAUCUAGUCCCCUGCUUGUGCUGCCGCAUGGAGGGGAAGAGCACACACAGGAGCAGAGGUCUGGGGGGAGCACAGGUAGCACAUCUGAAUGUGUAGACAAGAGCAUUCCAGCUCUGAGCUCGGAGAGCGCAGGCAGCGUGUGCGAGGUCAGAGGGGAGGGCGCCGCAGAUCCAAGGGGGGAGAGCGCAGGCAGCGUGUGCGAGCUCAGAGGGGAGGGCGCCGCAGAUCCGAGUGCAGAGAGCGCAGGCAACGUGUGCGAGCUCAGAGGGGAGGGCGCCACAGAUCUGAGCGCGGAGAGCGCAGGCAGCGUGUGCGAGCUCAGCGGGGAGGGCGCCGCAGAUCCGAGUGCAGAGAGCGCAGGCAACGUGUGCGAGCUCAGAGUGCAGGGUGCCGCAGAUGAGAGUGGGGAGAGUGCAGGAAGCACUUGUGAACUUCAAGAGGAGAGUGCUGCAGAUCAGCCAUGUGAGAGGACAGCUCCAAGCGGGGAGAGCACAGGAACUGCGUGUGAGCUCAGAGGCGAGGCCGCUGCAGAUCAGAGUGAGGAGAGCGCGGGAAGCGCAUGUGAGCUCAGAGGGGACGGUGCCACAGAUGAGAGCGGGGAGAACGCAGGCAGCGCGUGCGAGCUCAGAGGGGAGGGUGCUUUAGAUGAGAUCGCAGGCAGCGUGUGCGAGCUCAGAGGGGAGGGUGCCGCAGAUGAGAGCGGGGAGAGCGCAGGCAGCGUGUGCAAGCUCAGAGGGGACGGUGCCACAGAUGAGAGCGGGGAGAGCGCAGGCAGCGUGUGCGAGCUCAGAGGGGAGGGUGCCGCAGAUGAGAAUGCAGGAAGCAUGUGCGUGCUUACAGGGGAGGUUGCCGCAGAUGCAAGCAGGGAGAGCGCAGGCAGCGUGUGUGAGCUCAGAGGGGAGGGUGCCACAGAUGCAAGCAGGGAGAGCGCAGGCAGUGUAUGGGAGCUCAGAGAGGAAGGUGCCGCAGAUGAGAACGCAGGGAGCGCGUGCAAGCUUUCAGGGGCAGGUGCCGCAGAUCCGCCGUGCAGGAGGUUGGGGAGCGCUGCUGCUGCUUUAGAGGGAGGCCUGCGUGAGCAUGCCAGGGCGAGAGUGCACAGCACAUCCCCUAGGACAGACUCUGGCACCGGGGCCCCGCCGGAGCGUGUGGACGAGGCCAGAGGCAGCACAGCAAUGUGUGGGACGGAGAUGCCCUGCGGCUCGGGCAGCUAUGCUGCAGAGGGUGCCCCCUGUGCACUUGGAGCUCCUGGGAGCACUGAGCACAGCCAGUCUCUGGAGAUCCCAGGCAGCCGCUCGGCCGGGAGCUUGGCUGAGGAGGUGGACUGUCCAGGCGGGGUGGCGAGGCCAUCGCAUGGCUUGCGAGCGGAUGGAGAGCCAGGGAUGGAGGACGGUGGUGUGACCGAAGAUGGCACGUCAGAAGCGCCUGGGCAGCCAAGUGACGGAGCUCCGAGCGAUAGCAGUGCUGCGGCAGAGGGGAGCUGGGACUUGCUCUUUAACGCCGAUGGAGACUGCCUGGACCAACGUCUGCUGCAAGAGCUGUUGGGCGGCGAGAAGCCCAGGAGCAGGCUGCAGGAGCCCCGUUUCGACUACUCCGGCUGGCAGCCCGAGCUGGACCUCAGCGACUCAGAGCUGCCCCAUGUCAUCGAGAUCUACGACUUCCCGCAGGACUUCGGCACUGCCGACCUGCUGCGCAUCUUCUGCAGCUACCAGAAGAAAGGCUUUGACAUCAAAUGGGUGGACGACACGCAUGCACUGGGCAUCUUCUCCAGCCCCGUCGCAGCACGCGACGCUCUGAGCAGCAGGCACGUGAUGGUGAAGACCCGGCCCCUGGCGCAGGGCACGAGAGCGGCCAAGGCCAAAGCCAGGGCUUGUGCUGACCUCCUGCAGCCGGCGAAAGAGCGUCCGGAGACGUCUGCGGCGCUGGCCCGGAGGCUGGUGAUCGGAGCCCUCGGAGUGCGGAGCAACCAGAGCCGAGCCGAGCGCGAGGCCGAGCGCAAGAAGCUGCAGGAGGCCCGAGAGAGAAAGCGCCUGGAGAACAAGCAGCGGGAGGACAUCUGGGAAGGCCGGGACUGAGCCAGGGCUGCAGCAGAGGAGACUGGAGCACCCAGGGCUGCUGGCAGGCGCUUGGCGGGGGGCACUGUGAUGCCGUGGGCUUCAGACACCAGCACAGCCCAGAGCCAGCUGCAGCCACACAGGCUGGCCGGGCUGUGUCGGUGAGGGGAAGGGGAGAGGCCUGUCUGGAGCCUGGCUGGGGGAGAGGGGUCUGGCUGACAAACGCAGCAGCUGUUUGUAUUGGGACUUUUAGUGGGUGGGAGCAUGGCGGGCCCUGCCACCGGUGUGUGCACCACUGGGGGGGGGGGGGGGGCUGGCAGGCUCUGCUAUCGGUGUGUGCACCCCUUGGGGGGGGCUGGCGGGCCCUGCCGCCAGUCUGUGUGCGCCCCGGCGGGGGCGGGGGGGAGGGCUGGCGGGCCCUGCUGCCGGUGUGUGUGUGCCCCUGCUGGGGUGGCGGGGGGGGCUGGCGGGCCCUGCCGCCAGUGUGUGUGCACCCCUGCGGGGGGGAGGGGGGCUGGCAGGCCCUGCUGCCUGUGUGUGUGUGCCCCUGCGGGGGGGGCUGGCGGGCCCUGCCACCGGUGUGUGUGUGCCCCUGUGGGGGGGGCUGGCGGGCCCUGCCGCCGGUGUGUGUGUGCCCUUGCCGGGGGGGGGGGGGGGGCUGGCGGGCCAUGCCACCGGUGUGUGUGCCCUUAGGGGGGGCUGGUGGGCCCUGCUGCCUGUGUGUGUGCGCCCUUGGGUGGGGCUGGCGGGCCCUGCCGUCAGUGUGUGUGCGCUCCUGGAAGGGGACAUUGGCCUCCUCUGGACCUGCCUCUUGCCCUUUGAGAUGCUGGAGCACAGGGAAUCAGUGCUCUGGAGCUCUGGGCUGGGGCAGCCCAGGUAAGUCUGGUGGCUGUGCCCUGUGCACGGCACUGCCCGGGCUGUGCUUGUGCUGGUAACGCUGCCCUGACACUCUGACUGCAGCUGGUCGGUCGCUGCUGGGAAUGCAGCCUCCAGGCUGCCCAGCUCGCUUUCAAGGCGGUAAGCCCCUUGCUCCCUGCAGCAGCCUGGGUCAUGCAAACAGCCCUGGGCAGUGGGAGGGGAUUUCGCAGGACACUGCGUGAGCCAUGCCAUGCUGAGCGGUGCUGUGCUGAGCCAAGCCAAUGCAGCCUGGGGGUGUGCCAAGCAUGAGUGAGUGAGAAGCCAUGUGAGAUGGAGAUUCCCUGUCCUUUAUUUUGCUAUUAAAUUGCCUGGUUUUUAUACUGCUCA